UGGUCGUUGCGUUCAGGUGCUCGAGCAACAACAACAGACGCCCGAAGGGACUCACGACGUCGCGACGCCGACACACAUACACACACAACUGAACACCGCCGCCGCACACAAAAAGGGACACUCGUCGCGACGCCGGUACCGAAGAUAGUGUGUUGGAGAGAGAUAGACGUAUACGCAGAGUAGAGAAGACACCGCGCGCGAUUUAGUGACGACUCAUUAAGUAGUCAAGUAUGAUAAUGUUUCGGCGCUAAUUGAGCUGCACAAAUGCGAUUCUGAUUUUCGACGACGAUGGCCCUUCAACUGUGAUACUAAUUGAUAAGGACUACCUGACUUCGUUUCUCUCUUAAUUUUCUCUCUUCCGUUUCUUCAUUCAAUUUUAAUUCGUGUGCGCGCUUUUUGCAUCCUCAUCUUCCAGUGAUACACUAUUUAUUCUACUACUUCUUCUAUUGGUGCGUGUUCUGUGUUCGUUUAUCCGAUAUGACUAUUUGACUUCGACUCUACCAACAACAUACAUAAACACUCGUUACUGUUCGUUCCCGGAGGAGUCCAAAAUCGCCGCCAUCAUUCUGCCGGCACAGCAAUUGGGUGCCACGGUGGCACCAUGGCCUACUGCCAUUACGUCCGUCGACGAUAUGGCACAUAAAGGUAAAGGUCAUAGCGGUGUGAACCAGCUAGGCGGUGUUUUCGUCAGCGGACGUCCCUUGCCGGAUUCCACGCGACAGAAGAUCGUGGAAUUGGCGCACUCUGGCGCCAGGCCGUGCGAUAUUUCCCGAAUCCUGCAGGUGUCCAAUGGCUGCGUCUCGAAGAUCCUCGGAAGAUACUACGAGACUGGUUCGAUUCGACCGAGGGCCAUUGGAGGUUCGAAGCCGCGCGUUGCCACCGCCGAGGUGGUCUCCAAGAUAUCCGCCUACAAACGCGAGUGUCCUUCCAUCUUCGCCUGGGAGAUCAGAGAUAGGCUGCUGCAAGAGGCGGUCUGCACAAACGACAACAUCCCCAGCGUGUCUUCGAUAAAUCGAGUUCUGAGGAAUUUGGCCGCGCAGAAGGAGCAAGCAACAACGCCCCAAGUAACCACCGGCAACGAUGCGGUUUACGACAAGCUGCGACUCUUGAACGGUAGCCAAAGCAGCUGGAGGCCGUCCCCGUGGUACUCGGCUGGCAACAGCCCCUUCCCCCUGCAGCCCUUGAGCCCGCCGCCCACCAUUCUUCCAGAUGAUCUUCACUCCAAGAAAGUUAUAGAUCUGGAUGGUUUGAAUUCGGAUGAGACCAAUUCUGGUGAUAACUCGAACGCAGGUUCGAGUGCCGGCCCCGACGAUGACCAGGCUCGUCUGCGUCUGAAGAGGAAACUUCAACGCAACAGAACAUCCUUCACGAACGACCAGAUCGAUAGCCUGGAGAAAGAAUUCGAGAGGACGCAUUAUCCGGAUGUGUUCGCCCGCGAGCGCCUCGCUGCCAAGAUUGGAUUACCCGAAGCGAGAAUACAAGUGUGGUUCUCGAACCGAAGGGCGAAGUGGAGGCGGGAGGAGAAGCUAAGGAACCAGCGCAGAGGUGCCCCGGCUCCAGCCGAACAUCCCGGCCCUGCCGCAUCUCCACCACGUCUUCAAGGCUUCAAUAAUACCUCGAUGUAUUCGCCGAUCCCGCCGCCGAUGUCCAUCGCGGAUUCAUACAGUCCGGCCAUGACUUCGAUGGGUUCAUUUAGUCAUCAUACCGGUUUGAACGGCGGGAUGGGUCCCUCACCCGGCGCCUGCCUUCAGCAGAGGGACAGUCCGAGCAUGGGUGGAGCGAUGAGCGGCUACUGCAUGGGACGACCCCCCAGUUACGACCUGGGCAUUGGGUACGGUUCGAGACCAUCGCCCUGCAGCCCUGCCCAACCCUACCAGAUGAACGGUCACCAGUACAACACGAACGGGUCUUCCUCGACCGGUUUGAUAUCUCCAGGUGUUUCCGUGCCGAUCGCCGUUCCCGGUCAACCGGACAUGUCAGCCCAAUACUGGCCCAGGCUGCAGUGACCUUGGUGGUCGUAGAAACCACGUCAACAUUUCCAAGUUAUUAAUGUGCAUUAACUAAAAUUAGCGACAAGGAAAAAAACUGUUCGAAUACUCUGCCAUACUUCCACAAGACGACGCUGCAUGCAAUCCGGAAGGCAUCUAAUGCCGUUAUUUCGUUUGUAAAUACGUUUUAUUCAUUAUUCCGAUUACCCUUACAAAUUGUUUCUAAAUUUCUUGUACUACUCACCAAAAAAAAAGACGUGCAAGUCCGUCCAACUGUACAUUCGACUAUGCCAUUAACAUGAACCACCUCUGUAAAAAUACGCAUGUGUUCAAAUUAACAAUUGUAGUUAAUCAAAUUAAACUAAAUUUAGUAAGGAUAAUCAGAAUAUAGCAUGCCCUAAAAUAUAACGCUAACUGUAAAUUUAAAAAAAAAUCCUUUUCCUUAAAAAAGUUCUCCUGUGGAAGUAUAAUUUAAAUAAUACAACGUUUAAGUAAAAAAAAAAGAUAAAACAAAAAACCGUACUCGAACUUUUAUAUAACCAU